AUGACACCAAUGAGAGUAUGCAAUACAAAGGUCCGGUCCCACUGUGCCUACCCGUGUCAGUGCGCCAACAGGGACCCAGUUUGUGAACCGGGCGUGCCGCACACCCGCGACGGAUGCGGCUGCUGCCCCGUGUGCGCCAGACAGGAUGGCGACCCAUGCGAUGGUAUCGCCGUGUGUGACCAGAGGAAAGGGCUGGUGUGUCAGUACGACGACUACUACAGCCCGGCCGGCAUAUGCAGAGUAGUAAAAGGCUUGCCGUGUACAGUAUACAACAAGACGUACGACAACGGAGAAACGUUCAGGCUAGACUGCAGAACGCAGUGCACGUGUCAGAACGGCACUUAUGCCUGUGCGUCGUUGUGUCCACAAGAAAAUAUAUCUCCUCAAGGGCUGUGCAGGCAUCCCCGGUUGGUCGAAGUGCCCGGACAGUGCUGUAGAGAAUGGAUGUGUGACAACGUAAACAUGGAAAGGCCGCCAAACUGUGAAGCAUUGGUCACACCAUGGGCAGAAUGUUCAUCCCAGUGUGGAUUAGGUCUUUCUAGGCGCGUGUCUAAUGCAAAUGAAGCGUGUAAGCCUAAUAACGAAACCAGACUUUGCCAAAUAAGGCCGUGUCACUCACCACCACUGGUGAAUGCUAAAUAUGCAAGACACCAUCACAUUAGAAAGGGACACGAGUGCAAGGCGACGAUAAAGUCGACGACACCGGUCCGGCUGAAGUUCGGCGACUGCCGGAGCCGGAAGACGUUCCACCCGAAGCGGUGUGGCGGAGCGUGCCCGUCCACGAGCGGCGGUGGUGGCAACAGUGGCGGCGGCGGCAUCGUUUGUGCCCCCGAGCUCAGCACCACGGUCAAGGUGGAGUUUCUGUGCCGGAGCCCGGUGGAGGGCCACGACAGGCUGGACGGCGCUGUGCCGGGUGACGACCUCUGGGAACCCGUUCACAGGCCCUUCUCGGCCACGGCCGACGAUUACGUACACAGCGUGUACGUAGACAUCGAGUGGAUCGUAAAGUGCACGUGCCGACGCCACGCUGACUGACGACGGCGGCGGCCGUGAACCGCUGGGCGUCUGAAGCCGACGCCGAUGCACCCGCAGCAACCAGCCGCCCGCGACUUGGCCGAACUGUGAAACGUUUGUUAUUUAUUAUUAUUUUACAUAUUUCAAUAUUCGCGACACACCACAUGCGCGUGCGUGUACACACACACACACACACAAACUAUACAUGACGACCGAGACAGGAGACGACAGCGACCGUGACGAGAUUUUUGACAGUUUUUGUUUACGGUUUUGAGAUUGAAAUUUGUUAUUUUUGUUAGAGCUAUAAUUACUAUUAUUAUUAUUAUUAUUAUUAUUACGGCGUUUCUCAACCUUUUCGUGGCCACCAGGAUGUUUUAUUAAAAGUUAAUUUAAACGGAGAUCAUUGCGCCCACCAAAAUAUAAUAUAUAAUAGCUAUCUCUACCAAUUUCAAUACUUAAAAGUUCAGUGGUUUUUUUUUUUUUUUUAAUUAACAUCCUUGAUGUCAGUCUGUAAGUAUAGUAUAGCGCGUGUCAAUUCUAAAAUUAUUUAUUUUGAAUUACACUUUAUAUAUAUAUAAUAUAUAUAUAUAUAAAAGUUUCAUAAUAAAUACGAUCGUAUAUAGUCACCUGGAUCCACACAACUAUAAAUUUGUGAUCAAAACCUGGUCAUAUUUUCCAAAAUUUGGUCGAAUUUUGAGAAACGCCUCAUAUUCAGGUAGAUCAAUUUAAGUACCCAAUGAGGUGUACAUCGUCAAAAAUCUGAGUUUUGGUUUGUAUAGAUAUUUUUUUCGCGUAUACUUACCUAUAUUACCUAUAUUAUAUAACGAUUCGCCCGCAAAGAGUACGAUGACCUCACGUCCAUAUAAAAUGUAGUUAUAUAAAACCAAAACAUUUCAUUUAGACUCUACAGUUUAGAAACAUAAAUUCCAUUCGCUGAGGUGAAAAUUUUUCAAAAAUAAGCCUAUAAAUCCCAUCGUAGUAUCGCUUUUGAAUACAAUUUAUUUGAUAAAAAUAUUCAAUUACGUGUUUUUGAAAAAUAAAAUACGCUCCCAAGAGGACCA